AUUACCGUUGGGUUUGUUUUUUUAUUUUAUAAUUUUUUUUAAUUAUUUUGAUUUCAAUAGGAACGGCCUCCUAUAUUCUUGAACAAAAUUGCUCGAUUAAAAAUCUUCGAAAAUCAAUUCCUUGAAUUAGUCAUCAAUGGAGAGGUCAAAGCAUCAAUUUGCAACAUCAGGGUCUUCUUCUUCAUCAAGGGGAGGGUCAAUUGGCAGGAUUAAAUGUAAUUGUGGAAGAGAUGCAGUUGUGAGAUUGGUGAAGACUGGUCCAAAUGUGGGGUUGAAGUUCCAUGGCUGUCCAUUAUGGCCUGAUACGGAUUGUGGGUUCUUUAAGUGGAUAGGUGGUGUGAGGGAUGAAGUUGAUGAUCUAUGGUUUCAAUUGUUUGAAAAAGAAACAACCAUUGCUGAGUUAGAGAUACACAAGAAGAUGCUGGAAGAUAAGGUGAAGAGGGUUCAGCUUAAAAAAGAGAACUUGGAAGAAGAUCUUCAAGAACUAAAGGGGGAAACCAGUCAAUUGAGAAUUGAGUUGAUGAAGAGCGCAAGGAAUGAGAGGAAUUUUUCUUUGGCUUUGAUUUUGUCUUGGGUUUUGUUUGGGAUAGUGAUUAUGUCAAUGAUGUAGGAGGAACAUGAAUUUGCAGUGUUGUUGUUUGUUUGUAGUUGUUAUUUGGUGAUGUUAAGAAUGCUUAUUCAAUAAAAAAAAAAGAGUUCUAUUUUGCUAUACUAUUUUGUUUGUGAUAUUUGUGCAAUAACUGAAAACAAACAUAAAUAAUGUGGGCAAUCAAAUGCUAAAAUAAUAGGC